CGGGAUGGUUUACUUUGCUCAGAAACUACUAACGAGCUGACUGGGUCGUGCCAUUGGGGAGUUUUUGCAAGCCAUAGACGAUGAAAAUCGCUAGAUAGCUGCUCGAUUUCAACAUGUCUGUCUUAACUGUUUGUGGCAAGAUCGGUCGUCCAGACAUUGACGGACAACACCAAGGCAAAUGGGGAGGUUGUGCUGAUGGUGGUUUGGCUUAUGUGUGUUCCGUGGCGGUGUCAGCCGAAAGUGGACAGUACAACAUCUGGCUUCAGUCACAUCCGCAUGGAUCCGGGAGGAAGUGAUCUGGAGCCUGACUUGUCUCAGCUGGACAACCCCUGCCUAAUCGUAGAGGACUCCCAGCCGGACAGCGCCGCCCUAGAGGAGGACCCGGACAGCAGCUAUCGUGCCCUUCUGACCCGUCGCCUCUCCAGCCUGCAGCCCACCUCUCACAGUCCUGUUCUGGAGCUGAUAUCGUCGCCGGCUGGAAGCAGGUGUUCGCAGAUCGACAGCCAAUCAGCAGUGGCACAGAGCAACAGGCCGCACAGCCCAGCCACAAUGGAGUCGUCCUCUGCUCAGGAGGCCAGUCAGGUUGUUGAAGUAGCCCCGCCCACCAUUCGGAAAAGAGAUCUGCCAGCUGCCAACGGCAGACAGUCAGAGGAGGGCAUGGAGAUGGAGAGUAGAGCGGAUUCCACCACCCACUGUGUCCAAUCAGAAGGUGGGGAUUGUUUCGGCUUCCUCGAGCUGUCGGAAUCUCAGACAGUUGACGGUGGGCUGGACGCCGAAGCCCCUGCGGCCGGUCGGGGGCCUUCGCUGGGAGGAGCGGAGCAGAGCCGUGCGGAGGGUGACGCCGCUGACGACCAGGGCAGCGCGUCCAGACGGUCGGAGGUGAGCUCCAGCUGUACGGAGGGGUCGGCGAGGAGCGUCCAGGAGCCACGGAACGAUCAGGGCCUGGAGCCCCAGGAAGUCCAGCAGCCGGAGGACGACUCUGAUGUGCCGUCCUCCCAGGAUGACAUGUUCGAGGUGGAGAGAGGUGACGCCACAGGAGUGGACAGCACGGUACCCGAAGCAGGACUCUGCCUGCUACCAACGGCAACCCCAGCAAGCAGCCUGCACCUUCUGCAUCUGUCAGGCCAGGGCACGCUGGUGCAGGAGAGCCUCUCCCAGAACUCUGUGGAAUUUGUGGCUCCUACUCAGGAUGGUUUGAGUCAGACGCCUCUAAUUGUGCCGAACUCACCCACAGAUGAAGCUGUCGAGGAACCCAUGGACACGUCGCUGCCUCCGGAUGAGCCUCGGUCCUGUCACCGAGAGGAAGAGCCCAUGGAAAUGGAUCAGGCCCCUUCCCAGUCCAGCGGCAUCCCCAGGCCGGUUCCAGCCGCAUCCACACCACUGUCCCAGAAUUCUCCGGGCUUUGUGCUGGAGAAAAGCCUCUCUAUGCCAAGCCAGCCUGACUUUUCACAUGAUGUGUUUGUCCCAACACUGAGCCAGGGAGACGGAAAAAGCAGCACAGGACCCGAGACGCUGAUGGAGAAGGUUUCCCCGGCAACAAGCAAGGCGACGCCCAGUGAGCAGGAAGCCGGCAUCGCCGGGCGCUCUCAGCCCAGCCUGUGCCUUGAGCUGCCUACAAGCAGCGCCCUCCUCGAGCCGGUGCCGGAACAGGAGGGGGAGCAGCUGGAGGACAGUCAGGCCACCCAGAUAGAGGAGCCCCUGGGGGUCGUUGGGUCUGUACCCACCGUGGAUCAGCAGGAGGAAGCCGGUGAUCCUCCGACACGUCCUCCAAAUCAGCCGGAUGGUACCACGGCACCUGCCACAAUCAGGCCCGACGGCAAGGAAACGAGGAGAUCCACAGACGACCGCGCACGGGAGCCACCCUCGGAGGCCAACAGGCCCGACGGCAACGAAACGAGGAGAUCCACGGACGACCGCGCACGGGAGCCACCCUCGGAGGCCAACAGGCCCGACGGCAACGAAACGAGGAGAUCCACGGACGGCCGCGCACGGGAGUCACCCUCGGAGGCCAACAGGCCCGACGGCAACGAAACGAGGAGAUCCACGGACGGCCGCGCACGGGAGUCACCCUCGGAGGCCAACAGGCCCGACGGCAAGGAAACGAGGAGAUCCACAGACGACCGCGCAGGGGAGUCACCCUCGGAGGCCAACGGGCCCGACGCCAAGGUCGUCACGGAAACCAUCGACUUGACGACAGCCGCUGAUUCGCAGGCUCAAGACAUGGUCUGCUCGCAGAAUGGCGCCGCGUCGUCGCAGGAAGCAGAAGUUGUGGACCUGACAGAGAGUGAGGCUCCAGUGCAGAGCCCCCCGGUGGCUGCGCACAGGGACUGCGGGUCGGACACCGGGACGCAGUCACAGUCCGUGCUCCCAAGCGAGCGACCCCGGGAAGAGAAGGAGGAAGACGUGGUGAUGGAGGUUCAGCCGAGGAGUUCGGAGGCCUGUGAGGAGUUGGGGUCUGAGGCCAGCCGUCCUGAGCAUGACGAGGGCAUGGAUGAGGGGGAGGUGGCCAAAGGCUCCGGCCUCUGUCUGGCUCUGUCCCAGAGCCAGGUGCUUUCCCCUGAACCCAUGGAGGAGGAUGGCCACCUUGAGUGUGAGGAGCAGGCCGCCCCCAUGGAGGCCUCGACCUCCGCGGGGGAAGGGGGGUGUCAUGGCAGCAGCGAGGUCGCGGCGGAGGUUGCCGAUGAGUCACAGCAGAAUAACGCGGUCACGGCGUCGCGGUCAGAUGAAGGCCGUCCCCCGUCCGAGAGCCGGAGCCCCCAGGAAACCAGGCUGCCGGAAAACGUGGCGGAGAAGAAGCCGGUAUCCACCACGAACGGCAUGGAUGGGCCAGAAAGCUCAGGGCCCAGAAAGGCGGCAACGCAAGGCGUGAUGGCCGACGGGGGGGUGACACAGGUCUCCGGCAGCGGGACCCCGAGUGACACCUCCGGAGAAAUCCCGUUUCACUUCACUCUACCCAAAGAGGGGGAGUUAAUUCGCCCGGUAACCACGGCGACCCCUCCAUUGAUCAGCCUGCUGAAGCAGACCCCCCGCCACAGCACGCCUAUCGAUAUGAGCCCCUUUUCUGAGCGGUUGCCGGGCGAUGUCACUGCGGAGGUCGCCAUGGCAGCCAGUGAGAUUAUGGUGGAGGAGAGCGGAGAGGAUGGCAAAAACGAAUCAAACUUGGGUGAAUCGGAGCAUAAUGGCAAGCUGAGUUUGAGGAUGAAGCUGGUGACCCCGGUGGAGGAGACGAGCUCUGGGUCCGAGCGUUUCAGCCUGCAGAAACCAGCACUAUCAGACAGCGAAGUCUCCGUUUCCAAGGUUACCACCGUUGUCAAGGCCGUAACCAGCUCCCUGCCCAGCCCGUCGGUGUUCAGCCGGGUUUGUGAGGUGCGGAGGCAGGCAGAAGCCCCUCCCAGUGAGCCCGGCACUCCCACCAGGGGGGACCUGUUUAACUCGCCGCUCUCCCAGACGGGCGACUCGGAGCGGGACGUCCCGGGUCUCCUCGCUCAGAAACCCAAGAGUUUGCCCAGGUGCGGCGCCGUCCCAGAGCCCAGCCGGCCGGGGGACCGGUCCCCCCGCUCCCAGCAGGAUGGGCCAAGGCCAACGGAAGCGGCCGGUGGCGAGGUCCGGGAAGAGGAACCUCCCGGCACGCCCAGGGGCGCCGGGGGACCGGCUAGCCCACGCAGGCCCGAAGAGGGUGAGGCACCCGGCGUGGAGACCAGUAGAACACCGCCGGGGCGGAGAGCCGUGUCCCAGCAGACCAGCUUUGACGCCUCACCUGGGCUGCCCAGCAGAGUAAGGGCCUUGGACGGUGGAGGACUCGGGUGUGAGGGGACUUCAGGUUACGCACCGACUGAACUCCCCUCUCCCCUGUUCCAGCUUCGCCAGAGAGCUGUGUCCCAGCAGACCAGCUUUGAGACCCUGGAGCCCCAGUUCCCGACCGCGCAGGGCGAGCCAGAGACCCCCCCCAGGCCCUCCCACGGGCAGGCGGUCCGCAGGCACAUACGCACCAUCCGCGAGGUCCGCACCACAGUCACGCGCAUCAUCACAGACGUGUACUACGAAAAUGGCCAGGAGGUGGAUCGCAAGGUCACAGAGGAGACCGAGGAGCCUCUGGUGGACUGCCGCGUGGUGGAGAAUGACGUGUCUCCGUCACGCACUGGCAGCUCGAUGACCUCUGGCGAUCUGGCCGACGUGAGCUCCCUGUCCUCCAAGGCAUCAAGCCUGCAGCACAGCUCCAGCGGAACUAGCAGCGGGGGGGCGGGCCCUGGCAGGCAGGCCGACUUCGUUGUGCCCAUGGGCCGAGGGGCCAAAUCCCUCAGCCCUCGGAAAAUGAGUGGCCAACAGGGGGCACCCUGGGGGCCAGGAGCCUCGGAGUUGAUAGAAGGUAGAGGGCGGGCCCAGGGCCCUCGACCCCACACCCCGUUAACGCCCCGUGGAAGGGGCCGUCGGGGCAGGCCUCCCUCCCGAGGGGCCCUCAGGAGGGCUGCUGGGAAUCUGACCAAGGAUGACGCGCAAGGCUCCGCCCUCACUUCCUCCCCAGAGGACGAGUCUUACGCACAGGUACACAGCCGCACAGAGGACAGUCCCGGCGUCCCAGACUCCCCAGGCACCCUGUCGGACGGCGCGGGCUGUGCCAGUUCCAGCAGCUUCGUUGGGCUCCGCGUCGUGGCCAAGUGGUCGUCCAAUGGCUACUUCUACUCGGGCUGCAUCACGCGCGACUCUGGAGCCGGCCGCUUCCGCCUGCUCUUCGACGACCGGUACGAGUGCGACGUGCCGGGGAAGGACAUCCUGCUGUGUGACCCCAUCCCCCCGGGGACGGAGGUCACGGCCAUCUCCGACGACGAGUACUUCAGCACAGGUGUCGUGAGAGGUCACAAGACGGAAGGCUCCGAUUUCUUCUACAGCGUAGAGAAGGACGGCCAGCAGAGAUGGUACGGGCGGAUGGCCGUCAUCCUGUCCAUGGAGCAGGGCAACCGGCUGAGAGAUCAGUACGGCCUGGGCCCCUGUGAGCCGACCACGCCCCUCACCAAGGCUUCCGACAUCAGCCUGGAUAAUUUGGUGGAGGGCAAACGGAAGCGGCGAGGAAACGUGGGGGUCAAUACCAGCCCCGGCCGGAGCUCCAGCGACAGUCCCAGAACCCCGGGCCCCUCAGGGAAGAGGAAGCUGAUGGCCUCCACGGAGGAGGAAAGGACCCCCUCCAAGCGAGGCCGUAGGUCCACAGGGGCCAGAGCGGGCCAGCGUGGAGGCGCGUUCAACACCUCGGGCAGCGGCACCGACCUGCCCUCUGACCCCAGUGACCUCGAGGGGACCCACGGGCCCAUUCCCCAGAGUGCCUCGCUCUUCUUGGGCUACGCGUUCCUACUGACUGCUUCUUCGGAGAUGGACCGUGAAGCCAACCAGCCGACGAGCGACGCGGAAGAGGAAUACGUGCAGACGGCUCCCUACAACAAACGGUACACAGAGACCCAGCUUGAAGCAGGAGGGGGGUACAUUCUCCAGGACUUCAACGAACAGCAGUGUAGCGCGGCCUAUCAGAGCAUCCUCAUCGCGGACCAGCACUGCCGCACACGGAAGUAUCUGCUGUGUUUGGCGAGCGGCAUGCCCUGUGUAUCCCACAUGUGGGUGCGGGACUGCUGCCAUGACAACCAGCUGCUCAACUACCGGAGCUACCUGCUGCCUGCUGGGAUGGAUCCGGACGGCAGCCUGGUGGAGUGGCACUCUCGCCGGAAUCCUUUCAAGUCCAUGAAGUUUCUGCUGAUUUCUGAAGAGGCCACAGCCUUCCUGACCGACCUACUCAACAUGGGGGGAGCCUCCUCUGUAUGCCAGUAUCAGGGGGAUAGUAACAAUUCAGACCCCCCUGAGGGUACGUUCAACGUGGUUCUGGCGGACCGCUCCUGUCCGCCCUCUGUGCAGAACUGGGCCGUCUCUGUGGACCUUCCCCUGCUCUCCCCAGAGUGGCUGAUUCAGAGCCUGAUCUGUGGCGAGAAGCAGGACCAUCGAGCCCAACCCCGGUACCAGUAUGACUAUUCGCCCUGAACUGCAGCUGAUCCCAGACCAGCGCUUCUCAAGUAUUCUUAGGUCUAGUGCAUGCGUUUUAUGUACAUAGUUUUAAUUCUGACGUUUUUAUGGAAAAAUAAAUUGUGAUUGUUUCACUUUGUUUUUA